AUGGAAUUCGCUCGAGCGUCAACUACCAAGACUCCACCUCAGAUGGAUGUACAAAUCACAACUACCAAUGGCGAAAUCCAUGCAGAGCUCGCAAAGGACGAAGAUUCCUCCGGUCACGUUCCUGCAGGACCCCCCGUCUCCGAGGGGCCGGAGAUGAGCUGGAUGCUGGCUGCGGUACGUGCAGGGAACCCCAUCCUCCAGCACGCACGAUUCAAGAACCGCAUGCUCGCAUGUCUACAACCGACAGUAGUCUCGCCCAGCAACCUUGCAGCCUCGUACUCAUCUGCCGCAGUGCCCAGCGCGGCCACGCGAGGGAGAGGGCUCUUCAGCAUUCUUGUUCCUGGUGCUGUGGCUCUCCCGGCCAGUAAUGGGCAGAUCGUGGGCCGUGAUACUGUGGAUGGCAGUACCUACGACUAUGUAAUUGUUGGUGGUGGACUCAGCGGGUUGGUUGUCGCCAAUCGUUUGAGUGAGAACCCCAAAAACACCGUCCUUGUUAUCGAAUACGGCUAUAUUGACAACGGCCCCAAAACGCUCAUCCCCUACUUCGCCAACACCAUCAACGCCGCCGACCUAUGGCCCGGCCUCACCUCCGCCCCCGACCCCGGCCUCAACAACCUCACCUUCUCCGUCUCCGUCGGCGCCGUCGUCGGCGGCGGCUCUGUUGUUAACGGCAUGGAGUACGAUCGCGGCGCAAGUGCCGACUACGACUCCUGGGAACUCCUUGGCAACCCGGGGUGGGGAUGGUCUGACCUCCUCCCAUACUUCAAGAAGAGCACAACCUUCACGCCCCCUUCCGCCGCCGCCACCGAGGAAUUCGGUAUUACCUACGACGCCUCCGCGUACGGCAACGGGCCCAUCCAAGCCACGAUCGCGAAUUUCCAGUACCCGGAUCUCAACUCGAUCUGGAAUGCGUGGAGACACGAUGGCGUGCCCCUCCCCAAAGAAGGCUCAGUAGGUGACGCGGUGGGUGCAUUCUGGACGCCUUCGACACUGGAUGCGAAAUCUUCGACCCGAUCCCACGCGCGUACUGCUUAUUACGACCCCGUCGCGAACCGCUCUAACCUGCAUCUGAUAACCGGGCAACAAGCCAACCAGAUCCUCUUCAAGAACCUCGCCGCGACAGGUGUGACAUUCGUCUCGAGGGCCAACGGCAGCGUUUCCACUGUUUCCGCACGCAAAGAAGUCAUCCUUGCCGCCGGCGCGAUCCACACACCCCAACUGCUCCAACUCUCCGGCAUCGGGCCCAAAGCCGUCCUAAAAGCUGCAGGUGUGAAAGUCAAGAAAGACCUCGCCGCCGUAGGCGCAAACUUCCAAGAUCACCCCGCCGCCUUCAUGAGCUACACGCUCUCCAACACCACCUUCCCGAACCCCCUGAGCUUAACACUCAAUGCAACCUACAACGCAACCUCGUACCAGCAAUACGUGGACAUGAAGACAGGUCCCUACACUGCCGCUCGCGGAAACAGUGCCGCGUUCCUCUCUUUACCGCAGUUGACCAGCAAGUACAUCAGCAUAAUCGUGAGCCUACUGACCCAAAACCCCCUCGCCUACCUGCCAUCCAUCUACACCGACUCCGGCCUGCUGAAAGGCUUCCUCGCCCAACGCGCGAUCCUCGCAACGCAGUUCGCCACUAACAACGCCGCGGUGUCCGAGUUCCCCUUCAACGGUGGUGGGCGCGCAACCGCCGCGCUCCAGAAGCCCCUGUCCCGCGGGACCAUCACGCUGAACGCGACGAACCCCUCCGGCGCGCCCGUGAUCCAGUACAACGCGUUCCAGAAUCCGGUCGACAAAGCCGUGCUGCUCGCGAUGGUGCGGCACGCACGCGCCUUCUGGGCCUUGCCACAACUCGCUAAGUUCUCUCCUGUUGAGGCGGGCCCCGGCGCGCAGUACCAGACCGACGAUGCGAUCUUCGACGCACUGGUGACGGGAGGGUUAUUGCAGCCCACGUUCGCGCAUCCGUCGGGCAGCUGUGCGAUGAUGCCGCAGGUGCUGGGUGGGUGCGUGGGCGCGGAUCUUACCGUGUACGGGACAACGGGGCUGAGUGUGGUGGAUGCGAGUAUCAUUCCGCUGAUCCCCGCGGCGCAUUUGCAGGCGACGAUGUAUGCGGUUGCGGAGAAGGCGGCGGAUUUGAUCAAGGCGAGGGCGUGAGGGGAUGGUUUAUGAAGGGGGGAGGGUAGGAGGUGUUCUUCGUGUGUAUUAUAAUGUUAUGGAGGCGGGG